AUGUCACACAAGGCUGCCGGAGCCUCCAGCAAAAAGGAGAGUCCCCCAAACGAGACCUGGGAAGCUUUCAAGGACGUCAACUUUAAUCUGCGACCUAACAAUGACUGGGCAGGACAGAAGAUACCACUUGAGCUCCAACGGGUCGAAGACGACUCGAACUUGCCAGCAAAGCUCAGGCAGAUUCUUGUCUGGUCAUUAUCCCUCAAUCCGCCUCCACCACCAAGCAACGAUCAGCCUAGUGUUCAACCAGCAGAGGGGCAUCCUGUCCGAGGCUCUGUGCAAACGCAAGAGGAUAGCAGGCCCCAUCAGACGAACGCAGAAUCGGCUCGACUCUCUGUUGUCUCUGGACAGGUUGACACCGAUGAUGCAUCCGAAUCGCGAAGCACGCAAUCCGAGCGCCGUUCCGAGAAGAGUCGGCUGAGACCACGAUACAUUGGUGGCAGCGUGCUUGGGUCUACGAUCAGCCUUAUCACAACCCUCACAAGCAAGUCGGACAAGGACUCGUCGCUGCCUUCUAGCAGUGCAAAGAAGACUGCGUCAAAGAAAGCAACUCAGCUCGAGUGCACAAGCUGCUUUGAAGAGAUUUCCGAGACCGAGACGAGCAAACUUCCUUGCAAUCACUCGUACUGCAAGCCAUGCUUGACCACCCUGAUCACAACUGCUCUCCAAAAUGAAUCCAACUUUCCGCCCAAGUGUUGUCUGACAGAGAUUCCAUUGCAGACGGUUUUGUCCUCGCUCAACGCUAAACAGAGGGAAACAUACAAAGAGAAAGCUGCUGAGUAUGCAAUUGCACCCCAAGAAAGAUGGUACUGCCCAAAUACAAAAUGCUUGAAAUGGAUACCACCCUCAAAGGUACAACGCAUCCGCAUAUUUAACAUGCGAUGUCCCCACUGUGCAACCAAGAUCUGCAGUAUAUGUCGCGGCUUGGCUCACCGGGAUUCCGCAGAUUGCCCUCAAGACUACGGCCUCGAAGCAACGAUCAUGCUAGCCGAACUGCAGGGCUGGCGACGUUGCUUCAAGUGCCGUACUAUGGUCGAGCGAACGCAAGGCUGCCGACACAUGACCUGUAAAUGCGGCGCGCAGUUCUGUUACUCUUGCGGCGCAAAGUGGCGGACCUGCUCCUGCACCGAAAUAGAUGAGACCAACCGCCAGGCAGAGCUGAGACGCCGUAGAGGAGCAGCGGCAGAGACAGCGGAUACUGAAUUCGAACGAAUAAUGGCCCAGGUCGAGGAAAUGGAGCGGCUUGAGGCGGAUGUACAUCGGAGAGAACAGCAAAGACAAGAGGAGCGGCGCAGAGAAGAGGCUGAACUCGCGAGACUGGAGGAGCAGCGUCUUCGGGAGGGGGAGACUAGACGCAUCGAAGAAGAACGGAUGGCCGAGGAGCUGCGACAGAUCCUCCGACUGUCCGUCGACGACACAUGUCAAGCAAUUCAAUCGGCCUGGAAUGGUCUCAUGCGAACACAGAAGAAGAAUUUGGAUGACAGGCACUUGCAAGUCGAGGAGCAACAUGUUCAGGUCCGUGAUGAUGCAAUGGCGCGACAGGUACAAGACGACAGCGAAAACUUGGCAAAGAUGGAAUCCAACAUUGCAAAGAGAACAACCACCAUCAAGGAAAGACACAACAUGGAGCUGGAAGCCUUUACUGUUGAGCAGCAAGAGCUGGAAGAUGACAUGUUCCUCGAAAUUCAGCUGCACCUCCGGGGAAAGCAGGACAAGGAAGCACGAGAACGCCGACUUCAGGAACGGUUUCAGAGACAGCGCGAGGAGAGACACCAAGAAAUGCUCUCCAGGCACCGAUCCGAAUCGGAAGCCCUGCAAGCGAACGCUACAAUGGAACUUCAGGGUCUGAGGUUGACCAAUGAGAGCAAGAUGGCCCGCCUUGAGCACAGGUCCCGAGUGGACUUUGAGACUUUGUGUGUGGGCGUCGCGGCAGACCGCGCGUGGUUCGACUUCCUCGCGGAGAGGCGUCAAAACAUGGUAGACGCGAACCGGCGGUUGAUGCUCGACGCGCUGCAUGCCGGUCAAGAGCCGGUUGGUCUGACUGAAGAGGCGGCCAGGACAAUCGGGCCAUUUUUGACAAAAGCGCAGCUCGAAGCACGGAGUGCCGAUAUGGUUCUUUGCCUUGACAGCAGCGCACUUCUUCAGGCAGAACCGAGACAGGAGCCGUGGAGAGAGGUCCUAUCACCAUCACCAGCAAACAGUGCGUCCCCAGCACGCUCCUUGGUCGAGCUCGCUGCAACGUCCCAGCAAUUGUUGAACAGUCUAAAUGUCUCAGGGGCCACCGCUCCAGAGUCGGACGUCGAGAAACCAGAAACCGGCGCUGUUUCCGCCCACCUCAUAUCCAACAGCGCCUUCGCGUGGAUGACCGGUGGUGCCGUCGAGGACAACACCGCGUCAAGCAGUCACAGUGUCACUGCGCAGCAGCACUCCUCCCCGACAGCUCGAAGUCAAGGACUCCACCGUCAAGCUCGUGCACAUGCUACACCCAUGAGGUUCACGACGACGUCCAACCCGGCCGACAUGAUAAUUUCGGGAGCGCUGGGCCGAAGAGGGCUACCGACAACUCCAAGAGACUAUCUUGAAGUUCCGGUAUCAAUCCCUGCACCUCUGCAGACUGGAAGACGACGACCGCUACAGCGAUCCCUGGACGCCUCGAAAUAUCUAGAGCGUUAUUACGCGAACGAAUCACCCCCACCGCUGGUCCCCAAAGUGCCGUCCAUCUUCCUUGCUAAGCAGCCCGCGGGCACGGGGGAAGAAAAGGAAAGCGGACACGAAUCAUACUUCCCCCAGCCAAGAGGACUGGGUGGGUUGGUGCCCGUCGACACCACAAGGGGAGACAUGAGUCAUUACCGCGGCCAUCAUAAACAUCAGGUAUCCGCGUCCUCGUCCUCGUCCUCGUUCUCGAGUUCCAGCUCGAGCUCGCUCUCGACGACUCCCUCGACGGCGCCAACAUCACGACCACCGUCCGCCACGGCCACCACACGCGGCACGAGCUCUCGAGGCAGCGGCAGCGGCAGCGGCAGCGGCAGCGGCGACAAAAGCCUCUUCCUACACAGCCUGAUCACAGCGACGACCAACGCAGCCACCGCGGCUGGCCGACCCUCGCUAUCGCCGGUGUCGCCGAUAUCUCCCCCCGCUGCCGCCGCAGGGACGACGAAGCAGAAACCUGGACUCGGAUCCUCAGCGCCACAAAUACGGUCGAUGCGAUCAGGAUGGCUGAAUCUGGGUUGA